AUGCCUAAAGAAGAACAACGAAUACAAAAGUUAUCCGAAACGACUGACGAAAGCGAUAAUACAGAGGUGAAACUAGAGGAAGAGGAACAAGAAGUGGAGGUGGAAACGGCUGAAAGUUCACCAGCAAUUAAAGAACAAGGGGAAACGGAACAUAUUAAAAGUGAAGAUUGUGCUACUGAAGACGACGAUGAGGAGGAAGAAAUAGUAGGUAUUCAACGACGCUCCCUUCCUCGCCGAGCCACGAAGAAUAUUUUUUACAACAGGCCAAAAGAAAUACCAAUUCGAAGAUUAUCAACUCGACAAUUGAGAGAGGAAUUUAAAGGACGAGAUAUUGUAUUUGUCGAUCCAUUAGAUUUAAAAGCAAAAUUUUGGUGGCCGGCAAUGAUAGUUCCAAAUGAUGAAAUUGACGAAACAAUGGAUGUUGAUGGCAAACUUGAAGUGCAUUUACUUGCUCGAAAAUUUCUUGUUAGGUACUUUGAAGACAUGACUUAUUCAGUAGUUGAAGCUAAAGGAUUACGACAUUUUAGGAUAGAUGGUGAACCAUAUCAAUCAUUUGUGAAAGUAGAGGGAUUUUCUGUUCAUAUUGGGGUUCGCAGGGCAUUGAAAUGUAUUCAAAAAGGAGAGCCGAUAAAAGCGUUUAGAUGGGACUAUUGGAAGCGACCGGCUUCGCUCGAAGGAGGAGAAAAUAGUUUAUCACAGAUUUCUGUAAAAAGACAUAAAGCCAGCGUAUCUUCAACGAAAAGAAUAGAAAUACCACCAAUAAAUAUGUUUGGCGAACAUUCUAACACAACUUCGGAAGGAAACGUACUAAAUAAAAGUAGGCCAACUAAAAGAGGUUCAAUGUCAAGUCGUCAAGCGUCACAAUCUACAGAAGAAAAUACAUCUGUAUCCCCAGCAUCGGGAAUGGAUAUAGAUUGUGAAACAAUUACUCCUACUAGACGGAAUUCAUCUUUUUUAAAUGAUCGAAAUUCACGGGGAAUUGCAUCACGUAGAAAUUCUGUCAUAAAAAACUCUGAUGAAGAUGAAUUAUCGAACAAAAAAAUACCGAAACGACGGCGUAGUAGUGCAAGCGAAACAUCUGAUAGCAAACGACGUCGUAAUGUAAUAAAUGAAAAUACCGAUAAAUGCGAAGAAAAAUCAGCUCGUAGUACUUCUAGUGACAAAUCUGAUAGUAAACGUCGGCGUAGUGUAGGGAGUGAUAAAUCAGACAGAUCCGAUAAAUCAUACCAAGCAAGUAAUAAUUCACGGACAAGUAGAGCACUAAAUCGUAAACAUAAUAGUGUAUCAGUGGCAGAAUCAAUUGAUCAAGAAGCCUCUACCACUGUUACAUCACCAAUUUCUCUUAAUGGAAUCGAAUCAACAAUUGCAGAUGAACCAUUGGAGAUUGAAACUGAAACAAUACCUUUAGUAAAUAGUCCAAACGAGCAGUCAGAAGAACCAAUAGAAAUUAUGGAGGAGGAACCUUCCUUUAAAUUAAAUAAACAAGAAGAACUCUCAAUAUCCGAAUUAAGUGAUGAAGCGCGAGAUAAUAUUUCUAGAUUUAAUUUUGACAACCCAGCAUUAGAUAAAGAAGCAAAAGCGAAUUUGUUUGUAGAAGGUAUAAAAGAGUUGAAAGAACUUUGGCGAGAUUAUCGAGAAUCGAAACGACAGAUGAAAAAGAUCGAGACAGAAUUGCGUAUUAAAAAAUUAGCAGAGUUAAGAGGAACUAAUGUUCUUAUUGAUGAUGAAGAUGACGAAAUUGGCAACGGAUGUGAAGAAAGUGAUGUAGAUUAUAGUGAUUAUGAAACCAGAGUUGAAAAUGGUCAUGACCAAGAGAUUGAUGAAGAUGAUGAUGAAAAUGAAGUUGACGGAGAUGAAGAAGAAGAUGAUUAUGUUGUAGAUGAUGAAGAACACGAAGUGGGAUUAGAAGAUUCUCCAGUAGUAACAACAAGAAGUUUAACACGAAUGUCAAAUGGCAAACGAUCCAGCAUAUUGUAUCCAAUUUGA